AUGACCGUCUAUACUUCGUCAGCAACGGCACCGGUAAAUAUUGCCACAUUAAAGUACUGGGGAAAAAGAGAUAAGUCCUUGAACUUACCAACUAACUCGUCAAUUUCUGUUACCUUAUCGCAAAAUGACUUAAGAACAUUAACCUCAGUUGCAGCUUCUGAAGAUUUCAAGGAAGAUAAGUUAUGGUUAAAUGGAAAAUUGGAAUCCUUAGAGUCAGAAAGAACUAAAGCUUGUUUAGCCGACUUAAGAACUUUGAGAAAAGAAUUGGAAUCUAACGAUUCGUCUAUACCUAAAUUGAGUCAAUUUGGCGUACAUAUAGUUUCAGAGAACAAUUUCCCUACCGCAGCAGGAUUAGCUUCUUCUGCAGCAGGAUUUGCUGCUUUGGUUGUUUCUAUUGCAAAAUUGUACGAAUUACCACAAAAUAUGUCAGAGAUCUCUAAAAUUGCAAGAAAAGGAUCAGGAUCAGCAUGUCGUUCACUCUUUGGUGGUUAUGUUGCAUGGGAGAUGGGUCAAGAAACCAACGGUGAAGAUUCGAAGGCAGUUGAAGUUGCUCCAUUGAGCCACUGGCCAAACAUGAAGGCUGCAAUUUUAGUAGUCAGUGACGAUAAGAAAGAUACCCCUUCUACUUCAGGUAUGCAGACCACAGUUGCUACAUCGGAUUUAUUUCAAUGGAGAAUUAAAGAAGUCGUUCCAAAAAGAUUUGAUGACAUGAAAGAUUCCAUUUUACGUAAAGAUUUUGCUACUUUCGGUGAUUUAACAAUGAAAGAUUCGAAUUCAUUCCAUGCUGUCUGUUUAGACUCAACUCCUCCAAUCUUUUACUUGAAUGAUACUUCUAAGAAGAUAAUUAAAUUAAUCCACGAAUUAAACAAAAGAGAAGGAAAGAUCAUCGCUGCUUACACAUUCGAUGCUGGUCCAAACGCUGUCAUCUAUUAUGAACAAGAAAAUGAACUGAAAGUGUUAGGCGUAAUUUACAAGUAUUUCAGUAAAGUUAGUGGUUGGGAAAAGCUUGAUACUAAAACUUUGGAUACCACUUCAGAUAUCCAAGCGGAUCCUGAAUUAUAUAAAGGUGUUUCCAAAAUUAUUUUAACUGAAGUUGGUCAAGGUCCGCAAGGUUCCUCAGAAAGCUUAAUCAAUGAUAAAGGCUUACCAAAAGCAGUAGCUAAUUAG